UCUGACACGCUGCAAAUAAGCAUCUGAUUAUUCGUUAUGAAUAGCAUUUAUUUCAUGUAUUCCGUUAACAUUCAUUUUAACCACAAUGUCAAAAAUAAUUGAACAUAUACACAUACACAUGAGCAGAUUAACUUGGUCAAAACAUUUAUUUAUUAAAGAUUGUCAGAAUGUUGGUGCUUAUUAACUUUGAUCCUAAGCCACGAAUGAGUGAGUCACUCAGCUUUAUGAUGACAAAUCUAGAUAUAUGUUGCAAAAUAGCCUACUAAGUAUGUCAAACGUAAACAAAUAUAUUAAAUUGCCUAAAUAAACUAGUACAUUUCAUAAAUUAAAUAAAUACAUUUAAGUAGCUCAGGUCUUGAAAAUAUGGACAACCUUUUCGCCUCCCUAACCUCACUGGAAUCUCUUUCAUUCAGUUUCUUCUUCUCAUCAGCGAAGAAGGACUCCAUGUUUCAGAUAUUCAAUUCCUAUAGAGGGGCUAUCACUCUUUCACACUGGUAAAUGAAGCCAGUUUGUCAUUUAGAAUAUGUUCUUUCUACUUUUAUAGGGAGAUAAACCAAAUGCAUUAUCAGCGUUCUAACUCCUCGUGAAAGUGUGGCGCAAUAACAGAAUGACAUCAUUUACCAGAAACUGACGCAGCAUAAGCUCAAAACUUUUAAUUGAGGAACCACUAUACAUCUGUGGCUUGAGGAAACUUCACCCCAGAGCGGUGGUCAUGGGAGGUGGUGUGGCUGUGGCAUGCACAGGGGAGACCAGGAUGUGUGAACAACUGACUUCUCAAAUGCAGUGUUUCAGUUUUAAUUCUGUAAUAUUUUGAACCAUUUCCAUCAUUAGGCCUACGUCUGUCAUUUUAAAUGGUUUGUGACCAGAGUGUAUGGUAAAUUAAUGAUCUAUUCUAUGUGUCGAUAUGCCAUUUUAACCCUCCUGAGCACAUCCUGGAAACAUAAAAAACAGUCCAGCUUGGAGUAAGGAAAUUGCUUUAAUAUCAUGAUAAUAAAAAAAAUAUCUACCAGAGUUGCGGUCAAUUCCAUUUAAAUUCCAGUCAACUCAAAAAGUGAACCAAAGUCUAAUUCAAUUCAAAUCCAUGGUGAAGUCCCUUCCCUCCAGAGCUUCUGCCAUUGUUUUAUUCACACAAUUAACCCCCUCCAAGUCCCUAGGACUAGGCUGGUGUUGUACCCAUAUUUCUCUUUCACUUUCCCCCAUUCUUCUACGGGUGUGUUUGGAUGGAGUAGGUGUAAAGUAACAGGUCUUUUCCACACCCAGAGUCUUAUUAAUCUCACUAUCUACUCCCAACCCCAUUAUGCCGCGACAGCCUGGAUAAUUACCCCCUCCCGUAGGGUGACUGGUUACAGUAAUUGGGGCCAAACACCCCUCUGGGGGCAUGGUCCCCCAUCUACCCACAGACCUUUUAUCCAUAUUCAAUAUCGCGUUAACACACUUCUCAUAAUAUUUAUACAUUGCAGGGUCUUUUUUAGUCUGCAUUUUAGUCGUGAUGUUCCUUUAGGAUAAUUGCUUCCUGUCCCCUCAGCGUUAACAAUUCUUUCUAUCCCUGGGCAUGUCGAAUUUAAAUUACCCCAGAACAGACUUGACCAGAGUGUGUUUACAUUACAUUCUUCCAGUCCUUGGUUUGCUGUUUCUACACACUCAUUUUCCCAUAAAGGCGUGCCCGGAUCCCCUUUAAGGUAUUGAACACAUCAAUGUGUGUAUAGCCUUAAUGUUCCCUUUCCCUUUUAAUCGUCCACUUGUAUGGCCUUAUCUUCUAACUCGGUCCACUGCAGUGUGACCCAGUAAAAUUCUUGCGGUCCCAGUUUACGUCCAAGACUCUGUAGCCAACCUCAUCAUUCAAGUGGCCGUCAACCUUCCGAUUCACUAACCUCUGUGAGCACCCGGCUCAAGUCUCAUUUAUCUCUUUUCCUAUAUCCUUUAAAAAGCUUUUCUCAUUUUCUGCUGACUUUCCAGUGCUUAAAUAUCAAACCACCUUUAGUAGAGAUCAUACCCUGUGCCCAUUCACGUAGUAUCGGGAGUGCACGAGUCUUAAACACUGGAAUGCGGGCAGUUUUUUGUUCAAUCUUUCCGUUUUCUUUAUCCCUACUCUAACAUGUGUUUGUUCCCAGCCUGGCUCUCCAAUCAAGUACAAAGACACCAACAGUAGUACUAAAAACAGCAUGCCCAUGCUCCAGCGGUAACAAUACUUACACUUUAGAGGACGAGAAUGUUAUUAGUCUAAACACGAACGAGCGCUUCCUGGACGGCUCCCCACCACGCCCAGCAUUUCCUCCUUCACCAUCCUCACCCUUUUCAUAGAAUCUUUGGCCUCCUUCUUUGGGGCCUUUUCCACACUUGGACAGCUGGGCACCAUCCCACUUACAGAAACAGUCAGUGGGCAUUGUUACUUCAUCACCCUUAUUUUUCACUCCACAACUAUCUUCAGCUUAGGGAGUAGGUUAACUCGGCAAUGGUAGCAAAACAAUAUAUUCCCCACUUUAACUGGUCCUGAUGUUAUUCCAUCUAAUAACAUGGUUCUCCGCCCGGUAUCUUUCUUGGCCUUUCCGUCCCACGACACUGCCAGACAACAGGAGGGUGGCACACUCUCCUACUACAUCUUGGCGCCACUUCAGACCUUCCGGCACCGUGCUAGUCAUGCCGUCCUCCGCUACUAUAACUCUGGUAGCGGUAAGGCUCUUCUGGACCAUAAAACAAACUUUUCCCUAGUUCGUUUUAUCCCUUGGUGUUUAAACCCAUAUGGACCCCAGACAUCAGCUCUCGCUCAGCCUCCCCAGGGAGCUCUCCCAUUAGGAAUUGUUUUCCAGCUUCUUCCCCUUCCACUAUUACACUCCCCAUCUGAGCAAUAGAGUCUACUUCCUCAUUCUCUGCCAGUACUCUCCUUCUUUCACAUGUGCUUGCUAGUGUAUUAUUUCAUGUUGCAAAUGCAUUAGCAAUUCAGCUAUUUUUGCCCAUACACCUUGGUUAGCUAUCUGCUUUCCUUUAGCUCCUUCAUAGCCAUUUUGUUCCCGGAUCCCUAGGUCUUAUUUUAGGGCUCUAUGGCAGAAGUCACUAUCAGUUAUUAUUCUCACAUUUUUUAUGUGCUUAUAUUUAGUUUUUAACAGGCCUUCAAAUACUGCAGUUUGAAGUUAUCACAACUGUUGGGGCUCUUCAGAGAAGCCAUGCGUGUCUAGUAAAUGUUUAACUCUAGAUACUGUAGGUAGUCUAUAUCUUUUAGGCAACACUGUCUAUAAUAUUUUGAGUUCUCACAGCACAUCAGACAGAAACAAGGUUCUCAUGGGUAUUGCUUGUGGUUGUGGUAACCCAGCUUCCUGUAGCGGUCUGUCAGAGCUCAGAUCAAAACUGCCAGUGUGUCCUCUCGAGGACGCACUGGGUCCCAGCAGCUCUUGCUGUUUAAUGUCUCAGAGCUAGAGUCAUCUCAGUCUUCAGCCUCUGAAAUUCUUAACUCUCCUUUUCUUUGUACUUUCCACUUGUAAUUAUUUUCUCAUCUUUCUUCUAGGCUCCUGCAACAUGGCUUCACGUGCCACCUCCAUUAUGGACGUUUUAAGGGCGAGAGUCAUCAAAUGCUCUGAGAAGGGGUGGCUGGCAAAAUUAAUCACCAUAAUGGAACCCUGUGACACAAGUUCCUUCAACCAUCUUAUCGAUCCAUGAUCUAGGAGGGGUAAUAAUGAUCUAGGAGGGGUAAUAAUGAUCUAGGAGGGGUAAUAAUGGUCUCUUCUGUUCUAGGAACAUAGCAUUUAUAGUAUUGUUAAGUGCAUGUUUUCUACUUUCUACUAGCUCGUUUAGGGGUUCUGUCCCUCCUGUUAUUGUUAUCAUCCCUAUCAUCCUCAGGGUCGUUAUUAUUUGCUUAAUAAGCCACACUGGCCUGUUGGUGUCAUGGAGUGUACACUUGGACUGGACCCCUGGCCUGACCAUAGGUCUAGGGGCCACCAUCCCGUACCUGGGUGGCUAUCUCAUUCCGAUAUAUGUGGUCCCACAUGGUCUGUCCACCCCCAAACCUUGAUAAUAUGCAUUCAUUCAAAUUCUCCAUUGAUAGUCACCUUGGGAAUAGGCCACUAUCAUUAUGUGUCUCAACCCUGAGGGCUCAUUACAGUACCUUUCCAAGUACCAUUUCAGUUCUAUUGUGGCUUGUGCAGAUUCCUCUGUGGUGGCUCCGAAUAUCCCAGCACCGAGGAUUUGCCUGCCUUAUGACAGGUCUCCAGGACCCUUACCAACGUUUCCCCUUACCGCCGUUUCCUGGAUUUCUCCUAGGAAAUCUUGUGAGAUUUUUAUUCUCUGGUACCACUGCAUGUUCCACAUACUUCCUAACCUCUCCUGAGGGGGUGCUUUUGGUCAGAUUACUUCCAUUAAUUAUUUAAAAAAAUGUAUAUCCUUUGCUGGUCCCUUUACUGCAAUCUGGGCUUGUCUUUCGGCCUCCAGUCAAGGUCCUCCCAAUAGCAAAUUUCUUGUGCUAAACCUCCUGCAUGAUUCGGCCGGGAUGUAAUUGAGGAGCAGACAUGUCUCCUUUCGCUUCCCCUUCUCUUUUGCGGUUUCCCCCUUCAAGAUCCCAGUUCUCUGUGGCUUUGGCCCCUCACGGCUGUGUCACUCCUGCUCAUUUCCAUUUUCCGCCUUGGUUGAGGUGUUUGUUCUAUAUCUCUGGACGGGUCCACUUUCUUCCCUUCCUAUUUUGUUUAGGGUGGAUGCCGAAGGGUGUCCAUGAGACCCAGAUUUUUGGUAAGAGGGAGGUUGUGGUAGAGGGCCAACCCUGCUGGCUCUGAACCAAUUCACCCAGGUUCCAUCUGUUCCUCUUUACCCCAUUUUUGUACAGCUGUAACCAGCGUAUGCGCCAUUCUGGUUCUGAGGGCACCAAUGGAGUCGACGUUGACACCGCAAUAAUGCUAGGUGCUAUUAAAGAGUGGCUGGCCUAGUGCUCCAGUUGUCUUGAGAGAUGUUUGCACUCAACACCUUUAGUUUGCACUCCCUAUUUGAUUUCUCCUAAAACAUUAUUUUGUUUUGCACCACUUUUUGGUUUGCUUCUUUAAGUUUGGUGUGGGUUUUUAUUUUGCCUGCCUCUUUCUGGGCAAAUUUAGUUGGCGCUCAUUCCAGGUUCCAAUUAUCUUUCCUAAGAUUAAGAGGUUUCUUUCCACAACAAAUUACUUUAAGUUGCUUUAUCUAGUGCCAGGUACAGUUGAAGUUAGAAGUUUAAAUACACUUAGGUUGGAGUCAUUAAAACUCAUUUUUUCAACCACUCCACAAAUUUCUUGUUAACAAACUAUAGUUUUGGCAAGUCGGUUAGGACAUCUACUUUGUGCAUGACACAAGUAAUUCUUCCAACAGACAGAUUAUUUCACUUAGAAUUCACUGUAUCACAAUUCCAGUGGGUCAGAGGUUUACAUACACUAAGUUGACUGUGCCUUUAAACUGCUUGGAAAAUUCCAGAAAAUGAUGGCUUUAGAAGCUUCUGAUAGGCUAAUUGAUAUAAUUUGAGUAAAUUGGAGGUGUACCUGUUUUCUUCUUUGCUUGACAUCAUGGGAAAACCAAAAUAAAUCAGCCAAGACCUCAGAAAAAAUGAUUGUAGACCUCCACAAGUCUGGUUCAUCCUUGGAAUCAAUUUCCAAACGCCUGAAGGUACCACGUUUAUCUAUAACAAAACAAUAGUAUGCAAGUAUAAACACCAUGGGACCACACAGCCGUCAUAACGCUUAGGAAGGAAACGCGUUCUGUCUCUUAGAGAUGAACGUACUUUGGUGCGAAAAGUGCAAAUCAAUCCCAGACCAACAGCAAAGGACCUUGUGAAGAUGCUGAAGGAAACAGGUACAAAAUUAUUUAUAUCCACAGUAAAAUGAGUCCUAUAUCAACAUAACCUGAAAGGCGGCUCAGCAAGGAAGAAGCCAGACUAAAAAAAGCCAGACUACGGUUUGCAACUGCACAUGGGGACAAAGAUCGUGUUUUUGGAUGAAUUUCCACUUCCACUAAAUAGUUAAUGAAAACCAGUAACACUUCCUUUUUUUGUUCCUCAGCUUCGCAACUGAUGGAUUUAAUAGAUCAUUUUUAAUAGCAAUUACACUCUACAGUUGCUUUAACAAUAGUAAUGAAGCUCUGUGCUUACCUUGCCUCAAAGUCUUCACACUUAUAAUACAGCAAUCAGCUCCUGCUCUGUCAGUCCUAGAAUCUUCCCUUCCCCUAUCUUUUACAUUGACAUUUAUACAUUUUUACCAAGCCGAGGCCUCUCUUGACUACAGCCACACAUCACAUCCUCCCUCUCACACGUGAUGUUUAAGCAAAGUUUAAACCGAGUGGCACAGCGGUCUAAGACACUGCAUAUCAGUGCUUGAGGCGUUUCAAAUCCAGGCUGUAUCACAACCGGCUGUGAUUGAGAGUUCCACAGGGUGACGCACAAUUGGCCUAGCAUCGUUUGGUGUAGGCCGUCAUUGUAGAUAAGAAUGUGUUCUUAACUGACUUGCCUAGCUAAAGAAAGGUUAAAUAAGAAAUAUGUAUAAAAAUAAGUUACAUAACACUUUGCCUCCUUUUACACGUGGUGUCUACGCAGAUAGGUUAACACAUUGUUUCCUUCAUACAUGAGAACAAUCCGUGGUGUCAUCCGUUUCAAGGCCCACAUGCCAUCCGGCAGCUAUAACCCAGGGCUUGAGUUUAACGGGGUGUUGCUAUAUUAGAUGAACCUCCGUUCUCCAGCAGAGGAGCAUCUGCAUACAGUCUACCCACACCAGUCACUUCCUCCCUGCCUUUAACUGGGUCAAGCUGUUCUCUAGCUGCUUAUGGUUGGGUCUUCUUCCUUCCUGUCCUCCUUCCGCUUCUUCUUAAUCUUCCUGGUUUCAGUGUUGCCAGAGUCCUCUCGGGAGACUGGAGGGGUCAUCAUGUCAUAUUGACCAGGCUGAUUCACGACAUCAUCCAGACCUGUCAUUUAAAAGAGAGCUCCGUGUUCAGAUUUUUUUAGGGGGACAAAGAGCAUAGCAGUGAAGCACUGUUGCUUCCAUUGAGUGCUAUUUGUCACACAAAGGUGAGACAACAAACUAUAUUUUAUGCAGCUUUGUGGAUUGAUUGCCCCUUUAAUGUCUAUACAACACCACCAGGCUAACUCAAAACAUGAAUUAUCUGCCAUAUCAAACACUUUGUUGUCCAGUUAUACAAUUCACGGAAAUAAGGAAUUAAUAUGAUGCAAUCUUUCUGACUCUUGAUUUCCUGAUACAUCCUUAUAAAAAGACAAGUCGUCAGCUUAUUGCCAUUUGACAGAAGAACAGGGUGAGUACACAUCAUUCUGAUAGACACAUGAACACAAUGCAGUUCAAUUUACUUAUAAAACAAAUGAAACAGAAAACUAUUUUCUUUCUCAGGUAAGGUGAGCGGUUAGAGACUCAAAAAUAACACCAGCGUACAACUUUAUCAGAAGAAAAUAGGUUUAGUUUUGCUAUAAUUUACUUUUGGAAGUAAUUGGGCUUUGGAGUGAGGAUGAUCGCCUACUUGGCUCUGUGUAAAUUCUUCUCUCUAGCCAUAGUUGGGGUCAUAGUUUCCAGUGUGAAUGGAAAGGACCCUCUAUCUGAUUGCCUACAAGACUCAGACUACAACGAGCUACUUAGAAUAGUGGACAAGGGUCUCCCCCACACCAACACAUCUCAUCAUAUUGCCAUCAUUGGGGCUGGCAUGGCUGGCCUGACGGCAGCAAAGUUUUUGGAGGAGGCAGGACACAAGGUAACCAUAAUAGAGUCAAGCAAUCGUAUUGGUGGACGGGUAGAGACGUACAGACCUAAGGGAGCGCACUGGUACGCAGAACUUGGUGCCAUGAGGAUCCCUAACUUCCAUACAAUUCUCUUGAAGAUUGCAAACAAUGCAGGCCUUAGUCUGAACCCAUUCAUUGAGGAUGACAUUAAUACCUACUAUUUGGUGAAUGGGUUGCUGCACAAAAACUAUCAGGUGAAAGGGGACCCAGACGUCCUCAACUAUCCCUUGAAUGAAGAUGAGAGAGGGAAGUCAGCUGAUCAGCUCUUCGACUUGUCUCUGCAGAAGAUAAGAGAUUAUGUGAAGAACAAUGGCUGCCGUGCCAUGCUGGACAAAUAUGACAUGUUCUCUGUAAAGGAGUAUCUUGUGAAGGAGGCCAAUCUGAGUCGUGGUGCUUUGCGGAUGAUUGGGGAUAUUCUGAAUGAGAACAGUUUAUUCUACACUGCACUCACAGAGGCACUGUAUGAUCAGUCUGAUAUCAAUGAUGAGACUUUCUACUUUGAGGUGACAGGCGGGUUUGACAAACUACCCAAUGCCAUUUGCGAGGACUUGAAGGGCACCAUCCACCUAAAUUCCAAGGUGAAACGUAUCAGUCAGACCAGCAAUAAAGUGACCGUGUCCUACCAAGACCACCAUCUCUGGCACAAACCAUCCUCCCUCACCCACCUGACAGUAGACUACGCCUUGGUGACAGCCACCGCCAAGGCGACUCUCUUCAUCGACUUCCAGCCCCCGCUCUCAGCAGACAAGAUGGAGGCGCUGCGUUCGCUGCACUACGAUAGCUCCACCAAGGUGGUCCUGAUAUUCAGUGAGAGGUUCUGGGAGAAGGAGGGCAUCAAUGGAGGGAGGAGCAUCACGGAUAUGCACUCUCGUUUCAUCUACUACCCCAGCCACAGAUUCCCUAACACGGACAUCGGGGCCCUCUUGGCUUCCUAUACCUUCUCGGAUGACUCCACCCUCUUUCAGGGGGUGAAUGACGACGAGCUGCAGGGUCUGGUGCUGGAGGACCUUGUCAAGAUCCACGGGGAGGGCAUACGGCCACUCUGCGUUGGAGGGCUGGUGAAGAAGUGGGCGCUGGAUCCCUAUAGUCUUGGGGCGUUUGCCCUCUUCACCCCAUACCAACAUAUAGACUACGCCUCAGAACUGUUCAGGAACGACAAUAGGAUCCACUUUGCUGGGGAGCACACAGCCCUGCCUCAUGCCUGGAUAGAGACGGCCAUGAAGUCUGCUCUAAGGGCAGCUAGAAAUAUCAAUAACCUCAGAGAGUAGAGAACGGGUGCAGUACAGUGUAUACUCUAAUCCACCGGUGGAAGCGUAUGUCUGUAUACUCUGGAGAAGAGAGAACACGUACAGUUGAAGUCAGAAGUUUACAUACACCUUAGCCAAAUACAUUUAAACUCAGUUUUUCACAAUUCCUGACAUUUAAUCUGAGUAAAAAUUCCCUGUCUUAGGUCAGUUAGGAUCACCACUUUAUUUUAAGAAUGUGAAAUGUCAGAAUAAUAGUGUAGAGUGAUUUAUUUCAGCUUUUAUUUCUUUCAUCACAUUCCCAGUGGGCCAGAAGUUUACAAACACUCAAUUAGUAUUUGGUAGCAUUGCCUUUAAAUUGUUUAACUUGGGUCAAACGUUUCGAGUAGCCUUCCACAAGCUUCCCACAAUAAGUUGGGUGAAUUUUGGCCCAUUCCUCCUGACAGAGCUGGUGUAACUGAGUCAGGUUUUUAGGCCUCCUUGCUCGCACACGCUUUUUCAGUUCUGCCCUUCAAAUUUUCUAUAGGCUUGAGGUCAGGGCUUUGUGAUAGCCACUCCAAUACCUUGACUUGUUGUCCUUAAGCCAUUUUGCCACAACUUUGUAAGUAUGCUUGCGUCAUUGUCCAUUUGGAAGACCCGUUUGCGACCAAGCUUUAACUUCCUGACUGAUGUCUUGAGAUGUUGCUUCAAUAUAUCCACAUAAUUUUCCUUCCUUCAUUGAUGCCAUCUAUUUUGUGAAGUGCACCAGUCCCAAAGCACCCCCACACCAUGAUGCUGCCACCCCUGUGCUUCACGGUUGGGAUGGUGUUCUUCGGCUUGCAAGCCUCCCCCUUUCUCCUCCAAAUAUAACCUUGGUCAUUAUGGCCAAACAGUUCAAUUUUUGUUUCAUCAGACGAGAGGCCAUUGCUCCCAAUGAUGAACCAGACUUGUGGAGGUCUACCAUUUUUUUCCUGCUGUAUUUUCUGAUUUCUUUUGAUUUUCAUUGAACAUCUCUGGAGAGACCUGAAAAUAGCUCUGCUGUGAUGCUCCCCAUCCAACCUGACCGAUCUUGAGAGGAUCCGCAGAAAAGAAUUGGAGAAACUCUUCAAAUAAACGUGUAAAUGUCAUAUUUCAGUUUACAGUUUUUAUAAAGUUGCAAAAAUGUCUAAAAACCUGUUUUUGUUUUGCCAUUAUGGAGUAUUGUGUGAAGAUUGAUGAGGGGGAAAAAACAAUUUAAUCCAAGUCUGUAACGUAACAAAAUGUGUAAAAAGUCAAGGGGUCUGAAUACUUCCUGAAUGCUCUGUACAUAAUUGUAAUUACAUAUCAAUGAUUAUGUUAUGAUCAGUACAUUUACUAGUUGUAACUAUUGUUGCCUUCAAAAUAAAACUUUUAACAAA